AUGGGUAGAAGGCUGUUCAAUUGUUGCAAGUAUAACCAUUUGAACAAAGGUAAAGGCGAUAUAUGGAUCUCCCAAGAUAGAAAGGUCGUGGAAUGGGUUAUCGAUAAUACUCUUGUUAGAAGAUUCACUUUUAAAGAUAGAGUAAUUGACGCUGGUUUCAUCGAUUUUGAGAAAGUUAAAGAUUGUUUCGUCAUACUGUUAUCAAAAUUCGCACAUGUAUAUUAUCUUUCAGAUGGUAAUGAACCUACAAUAGUUUGUUUUCCCUUUGAAAUUUCGAAAGUUUUUUGGUAUUCACAAGGUCUUAUAUUACAGAAACGCGAAAAUACGUUGGAUAAUGACGUUCAUUACAAAUUUAUUACUCUAACGGACCCAAUGGCACCUUUUGGUGUCGUCUCUUUCGCAUCAAAUCAAUCUGAUAUAAUUAGAAAUUCUCAGAUGUUGUUAUUUCCAGAAAAUAAUAAGUUCAAUAUCACAGUUCUGUUCGAUACCAUAAAUAAUAAACUACAUUUCUACUAUACGAGAGUGUACAGUUCAAAAAAACGUACACAGGAACAAGAAGAAAAUAAUAAUAAGAAAGAUUAUCGUUCAGUAUCAAAUGCUAAUUCUAACAUUACAAAUAAUAAUCCUUCUAGUUUACAUCUUAGAAAGAUCUCAAUAUUGAAUAAUAGAUCGAUUUCAUCUUCAUCCGCGUCAACUACAAAUAAUAAUAAUAAUAACAGUAAUAAUAACAACAAUACUAACUCUCCAAAUAAUUUAAUCUUCAAAAGUACUAACGAUUCACGUAUAAAUUCUCCUAUAUUCUAUCCAAGUAGAAAUUUCUCAUCAAAUUCUUUCGGUAAUGGUACAUUAAACAACAAUACCAACAACUCAAUUGUUUCACCAAUUUCAGAACUCAAUCCUGUCAUUAUUACUACUACUAAUUCAACUUCGCCUACUGCAACCUCUACCACUACAAACCAAGUACAACAGGACGUAAUCAAUCAGUCAAUUGUAACAAAAGAUGUUUCUUUAGUUAAUAUUUCAUCAAUAUCAUUACCAAAACAUAUAAUAACUGAUAGAAACUCACCUCUAAGAGAUUCGUUAAUAGCUAUGCCAAUCAUUCGUGAGGAUAAAGAAAUUAUAUUGAUAUUAGAUCAAGAAUCACAAUUUUGUAAAAUAUGGUCAAUCAAUUUAAUACCAAAAAUUAUAGAUUCAAUUUCAUUCAAAGUUUAUGGCAAUUCUCCUCCUGAUUUAAUUGAACUUUCAAGCUUAGCUUUCAACUUACAGAAACCAGUUAAUGUACUUCCUGCCACAUAUUUUAAUGACUCAUUAAACGAUCAUAUAUUGAUAGUUUCACCAGAAACAAACGAAAUUUAUCUCUAUAAUCCAUACACUGAAUUAUCCUCCCCUUGUAUCACUUUAAAAAAAAUAUCGAGUUUCAAAAAAGGUUCAAAUCAGAAAUUAAUCAAAGAUUCACUAGAUGAUACCAAUUUAUUGAGUUCUUUGAAAACUAUAAUCUUUUAUCCAACGACAGACCUAACUAAAAUAUGUUUUAAAAUACUGUACUAUAUCUGUUCAGCUGAUAUUUUCAACCAUUUUUUAUACUUGUGGCAAUUCAUAUUAAAUGAAUAUAAUACUAACGAUGAAUGGGAAGCACUCGAAAUUAUAUUGAAAAACUUAAUCAUGAUCGAUGGUAGCGAAGACACGACGCAAAAUUAUGAUUAUAAACAUCUAACUGAAACAGUUUUACUCAAGUCAUUAAAAGAAACGUUGUACAAUACACCAAUAUUACUACCAAAGAUAAUAAUGGGUUUACAUCUUGUCAGAGAAGAAUUUUUAUUGAAUAUCCUAUAUGUGGAAGAAUCUUUCAAGUUGAAAAAAUUUCUAAAUAUGGCUAUUUAUGAAAUGAAUUGGCCACAAUCAUGGAAAAAUUAUUACAGUGAUAAAAGGUUGAACUACAAUAAGAUAAACAAUGUUGAAAACCAACAAUUUGCUCACCCAUUAGAUGAACCUCCAUCAAUUUUAAAAUCAUUAUAUAGUAUAACAGAAAAUAGUGAAAUACCAGUUACGCAAUUUAUCACUUUUUCCAAGUUAAUAGAAUCAGCAACCGAUAUCGACUUGCUAAUCACACCCAGGAGUUUUAAGACGUUAAGAUUAUAUGAAAUGUUACAUUCUCCUGAAUUCAGAUUAGAGUAUGUCAUGGACAUCCUAACAAAAUUCAAUGUCACAAAUGAAGAAAUUAAUUCUUAUCCAAUAGGUAUAAUGAAUCCAAUUAAAAAUCUAUUGAGAAUGGUAGAAAGUACGAUUUCUAAACCUUCCCCUUCUUUAAAUUUAUCAUUAAUUUCGAGAUCUGAUCUAGAAAGAUGCUUAAAUGUAAAGCGUUACAAUAGAAUAUUCUCUUCUGCCUCCGCAUCACCACUAACAACCAUGAAUACUCAAGCUGUGAAUUUGUCAGGAAGAUAUAGAAAGAAAAAUCCAGCUCUAUCGAAACAUAGAGAUAUAAGAAGCAUAUUAGGAGAUAUCAUUAAAGUUACAUCGCAAUCACAUAUUGAAAAUCCGCUAUUUAAUCAAAUAUCCCAAAUUGAUUAUAACUUUAAUAAUGAUCAAAAAGUAAAUGAAAGUGAAUUAAUUAAACAAAAUGUAAAUUUGAUAUUUCCUCAGGAUCAAAGGUUCAAAAAUGCUCUCAGUCUAUUAACUACAUCCGUACCACAAAAAAUUCAUUUCAUCACAAAGGAAACUGAAUAUGCUAAAAUAUUAGCACAAAGAAAAGUUUAUGCAAAGAUAUUAACCACAAGAAUAUGUACCAGUGGUGUUGGAUACGGUGCUAUUGCAUAUUCUUCCGAGACACCAUUAUCUACACAGAAAUGGUACAUACCUCCACUGAACUAUACCGUAAUAUUUCCCAAUGGAUUCAAGAUUUCACAGGAUAAAAAAGAUUUAGAUACAGAUUUAGUUUCGUGGGGCGAAUUUCAUUUAGGUGUCGCAUCAGGAUUGAAGAUUUCUAAAAGUGCUAAAGAUAUAACUGGAAGUUGGAUAGCAUAUAAUAAGCCAAAUGAACUGAACGCUACACAUGGUGGCUUUUUAUUAGGUUUGGGACUGAAUGGUCACUUGAAAAACUUGGAGGAAUGGCAUAUUUAUAAUUAUUUGAGUCCGAAAAUCGCAUUUAUUAGUGUUGGCCUACUUUUAGGUAUGACGGCUAGUGCAAGAGGCUCACAAGAUUUUAAACUUUUGAAAGUUUUAAGUGUUCAUGUAGUUGCAUUACUUCCACCUGGCUCGAAUGAUCUAAAUAUCAAUACCAGAGUUCAAAUGGCAGCUCUUGUAGGUGUUGGUUUAAUAUUACAAAGUUCUCGAAAUCGCAAAAUGAAUACCAUUUUAUGCAAAGAGCUAAAUUCAUUACUACGAUCGCAAGAAACUUUGAUAUCUGAUGAGGGUUAUAGAAUUUCUGUCGGCAUAGCAUUGGGGCUGAUCAACCUAGGAAUUGGAUCAACCAACGUAGAUACUGAACACGAGGCAGCAACUCAUGCAAAUCCAGAUCAGGAAACUAAGUUAAUUGAAAAAUUAUUAUCGAUUAUUAAUACUCAUCAUGAUAGGGAGAAUAAAACAAUUUCUGAAAAUUCACAAAUUGGUUCAAUCAUCUCUUUAACAUUGAUGUUCUUAAAAUCUAAUAAUUGUAGUAUGGCAAGUAAAGUGAGGCUAACUGUUGACAUAGAGAAGACUACCGUUUUUAAUAGGCCAGAAAUUUUCAUGUUCAGGGAAUUCUGUUACAAUAUGAUAUUAUGGGACUCGAUUAAUGCUGACUUCGAUUUUAUUUUUGAAGACAUAGAGCCUGAAAUGCUUCAUGGGAUAAAUACAGACUCAUUGCCUUUGUAUCACACUCUAGCUGGCAGGAUCAUGGCCAUAGGUAUAAAAUUUGCAUCUACCAACAAUUUGAAGACUCGAAAUCAUUUGCUGUCUCUAAUUGAUAAGUUUUUACCGUUUUACCAAUAUCCUGGUCCAAAUUCCAAUAGCUUUACCAACAAUGUCGACUUUCAGUUAACUAUCAAAGGAACCAACGUGUUGGUAAAUGUCCUAAUCGUUGCCGCAAGUAUGGUAAUGUGUGCCACAGGGGAUUUAGAGGUUUUUCGUAGGGUUAGGUAUCUUCAUGAGGUUGUCACCGGUAAGCAUUCUGAUCUAUAUAAAUCUAGUAAAAAUUCCAACUCCGAUAAUGGUGUAAAUAAAUCCUCUUCCUUUGGUGAGACUAACGAUGAUAUGAAUGCAGGUGAAAGCUUACAAAUGAAUGAUAUUCCUGAGAUUGAAGGUGAAAGAAAUGAGAUGGAUGCAGAUUAUGAAGACUUUUUUGGUGAAUAUAUAGACCCAUCAACAGAAACCGAGUCAAACGUCAAAAAUGAAAGUCAUUAUGGUAAGUAUAUGGCGACAAGUAUGGCAAUCGGAUUCUUGUUUCUGGGAUCUGGCCAAUACGCACUAAAGACAUCUGACCUUGAAUCGGUUGCCUACUUAAUAUUAGCAACUUUGCCAUUAUACAUGGAACCCUAUUCAGUUCAGGAAUUGAAACAUUUCUGGAGUUUGUCGGUGGAAUCGAGAUGUUUGAUUGUGAAGAAUGCUGUCACUGAAGCGGCGAUCAAUAACGUUCCAAUUGAGAUUACUGUUAAAGUUAAUGGCGAAGACAUGGAUGUGGAAAAAAGAAAACUAUCCACGCCGUGCCUAUUACCUGACGUGAGAGAUUUGAUAUCAUUGAAAAUCAAGAUGGAUAAAUAUUAUCCCUUAGAAAUUACAUUUGACGAUGAAAUGAGUGCAUUGGAUUUUUUUAGUAAUGGUACCGUGAUUUAUAUUCAGCCCAAGCACCAGUAUAAAAAUACGUUUGAGAAUAUGGAUGAAAUAAGGACUGUCUUAACAAACAAGAUGGAUGAUUUCGAAAAGAAGGAAAGUCCCAAUGAAGAAAACUUUACUGAAACGCUCUAUAAGAAUCUAGGUAUAAAAGAUCUCACCAUGACUGAACUAAAAUUAGAGUUAGAAAAUUGCAACUUGACGGGAAAUCAAUCAGAAGAUUAUAACUUAGAAAUGCUCUGUUCUGAUACCAAUAGUGGGGAUGUUAUUGAUUAUGAAUUUGAAAUUUGGACGAAAAGACACCAUUUAUAA